UUUAAAGGAGACAAUAAAAGCAUUACAAAUCUGAGUAUUUAAAUAGUAUUGACUGUAUGUUCAACUGUCUUAAUUCAGUAAAACAUAUAGAAAACAAGCCGAGAAACGAAGAUCGAAGAUAUGUCUUGUACGUGCUCCGUUGCAGCAAAGUGGUUUAUACAUUCGGUCUGUAAAGGGAUAUCAUGCUCCAGGAUCCGAAUUAGUAAUUUUGGAAAGCAUGGAGUAUUUGUGGUUAAUUUUGCAAGGAGAAGUCCUAUUAGAUCAUUUUCACAGUCUUCAGUUUAUUUUCGUGCUAAAGAUGGCACAACAAAGGAUGGAACUGGUGAUGGUAAGAAAUCUGUAAGUGAAGGUGGUGGGGGAAAACGAUCUUCUGGUUCUGGAAGUUCUGGCAAAAGUGGCAGUCAGUUGCGUUGUCCAAAAUGUGGAGAUCCUUGCACUCAUGUGGAGACUUUUGUUUCUUCAACUCGCUUUGUGAAAUGUGAAAAAUGCCAUCACUUUUUUGUGGUGCUGUCAGAGGCAGAUUCAAAGAAGAGUCUAAAUAAAGAACCUGAAUCUGCAGCAGAAGCAGUUAAGUUGGCAUUUCAGCAGAAACCUCCACCACCUCCAAAAAAGAUCUAUGCCUAUCUUGAUAAAUAUGUUGUUGGUCAAUCCUAUGCCAAGAAAGUGCUCUCAGUUGCAGUAUACAACCACUACAAGCGUAUUUAUAAUAAUAUUCCUGCCAGUAUGAGACAGCAAGCAGAAUUAGAGAAGCAAACAUCUCUGACACCCAGAGAAUUAGAAAUGAGAAGACGGGAGGAUGAGUACAGAUUUACAAAAUUACUUCAGAUUGCUGGAAUUAGUCCACAUGGCAACGCACUGGGCGCGUCAAUGCAGCAACAAGUUAACCAACAGAUUCCUCAGGAGAAGCGAGGUGGUGAAGUUUUAGACAGUAAUAGUGAUGAAAUCAAACUGGAAAAGAGCAACAUCCUUCUUCUUGGACCAACUGGGUCAGGUAAAACUUUGUUGGCGCAGACACUUGCCAGAUGCCUUGAUGUCCCAUUUGCUAUCUGUGACUGUACCACUCUGACUCAGGCAGGUUAUGUUGGGGAAGAUAUUGAAUCAGUCAUUGCAAAGCUGCUGCAGGAUGCUAAUUAUGGUGUUGAAAAAGCACAACAAGGAAUUGUUUUUCUGGAUGAAGUAGAUAAAAUCGGCAGUGUGCCAGGCAUUCACCAGUUACGAGAUGUUGGUGGGGAAGGUGUGCAGCAAGGUUUGCUGAAACUUCUUGAAGGAACAAUUGUUAAUGUUCCUGAGAAAAAUUCUAGAAAGUUAAGAGGAGAAACUGUUCAAGUUGAUACAACAAACAUCCUUUUUGUGGCCUCGGGUGCUUUUAAUGGACUUGACAGGAUAAUUAGUAGAAGAAAAAACGAAAAGUAUCUGGGGUUUGGGACACCAUCAAACCUUGGGAAAGGAAGGAGGGCAGCAGCAGCUGCUGAUCUUGCUAAUAUAAGUGGAGAAGGUGAUACAGUUCAGGAGAUUGAAGAGAAAGACCGGUUGCUACGCCAUGUUGAAGCUCGGGACCUGAUUGAGUUUGGCAUGAUUCCUGAAUUUGUGGGACGCUUGCCAGUUGUUGUUCCUUUGCACAGCCUGGAUGAGGAGACACUGGUUAGAAUUCUAACUGAACCCCGGAAUGCUAUAAUUCCACAAUAUCAAGCAUUGUUCAGCAUGGAUAAGUGCGAACUCUCUGUAACUGAAGAUGCCUUAAGAGCCAUAGCCAGACUGGCAUUAGAAAGAAAAACUGGUGCUCGUGGUUUAAGGUCAAUUAUGGAGAAAUUGCUAUUGGAACCUAUGUUUGAAGUCCCGCAUUCUGAUAUCAUUGCAGUAGAGCUUAACAAGGAAGUUGUAGAGGGAAAAUCUCUUCCUCAAUAUAUGAGAGCUCCUUCAAAAGACUCUCCUGAAGAAGAAUAUGAGUCAGUAGUAGAAGAGGACAGUUGGCCUCGUCAGGCUGAUGUUGCAAACAGUUAAACAAUGAAUAAUUUUACACCUUUUUAAAUAAACAAACAUUAAAUUUGUCUCCUUUUAAUUUCCUAUGAAUUGACUGGAAAUUUUGGAUGAUCAAAUAUAAAACAUUUAUAAAAGCUGAUCAUGCUCUUUUUGUACUGAUUUGUACAGGAUAAGUACCUGUUGAAUUGGAAUGAUCUCUGAAUUUGCUUAUUUUGCCAUUCCUGUGUUGAACAGAGCUUCCACCAGUCAAGUUAAUUGUUUUUGUUUGUUGUCUUUCUUUUUCUUUUUUGUAUUGACCAUGGAAAACAUUUUAAGACAAAGUGCCAGCAUUUUCUGUCUCAAUUUCAGAGAUUUGUGGAUUCACUCAAUAUUAAAAGUUUUAUUUAUGGUUUAUUUUGAAAGUGCAUUGGAUAGAAUGGUUUGGAAAGCAACUUAUAUUAAAAAGUGGUAUAAAGAUUUAUUUUAAAAGUUUGACUUGUAUAUGUAAAGAUUGUAUGUGUGUGUUUCACACAUUUGACACAUUCAGAAAAAUCACCUGAAGACAAAAACAAUAAAAUGUGGCUUUAAUACAUUUAAUUAAUUUGCACCCACUAAUAGUUGCUAAUUGUUAGAGCAUGUUUUAAUAAGCUAGUAUAAAGUGUACAGUGUUACUGAAAAUGUUUAAUUAUUGAUUAUUCACUUAACAGUUUUCAGAUGUAUUUGAUUUUAUUUGACACAUUAUUUGACACAUAACCACAUUUUUUGCUUCAUUAAAAUUAGUGGUGGUUAGUAGGGAAAAUGAGCUUUGAUAAGAUCACAUGCUACUCUGACCGGAAACUGGACCCUACUAAGUGCACAUUACAUGUUUCAGUGACAUCACUCUGAGCUGAAUAACUAGGGUUCUUUUAAAAAAAAAAUAUAUAAUUUUAAAUACGUAAAGUAUUUCGACUGUUCCUGCAUAAAACCAAUAAUGCCACAUAGUUUUUUAUCAUUGUUCACUAAUUGUUUUUAGCAUCCAUUUUUAAUUUAUACCCACAUUGCAUGUUUGAAAAAGGGAUUUUUCCUCAAUCUUGUAGGCUUUAAUUUCUACUAUCCAGCAUUAGAAACUUUGUUGUAUUCUUAUUUUCAAAUGCU